AUGAAAGUAGGUUGCUAUUACUAUGGGAGCAAGGUGGAUGGCUUUGGUUUGAUUAAUGAUUCAGAAUCUUUGUGUCGGUAUUUGCUGGAAAAGGGCCAGGUUGCCCUUGUCCCUGGAGAUGCAUUUGGGGAUGACACGUGUAUCAGGAUCUCAUAUGCAGCAUCUCUCUCCACCUUACAAGCAGCUUUUGAGAGAAUCAAGAAGGCCGUUCUCACUCUUAAGUCUUAAAUCCCCGCUAACAGUUUAAAUCUUACCUUUAUUUGCAAGUCAGGGG